AUGUCACGUAGGGCAGACCAGGUUGGCGCCCGUCCGGUCGGCUCGAGCCGAGACGAACGCCGUCGGGGAGGUGGGAGCUCACGUCCAAAUUCAGGCCCCGGAUAUCAGCAUAGUGCACACGCACCAGUGUACAACUCGACACAAAGCGCUCAACACGCUUAUCCUGCUGGCGUACGUCAGCCUACCUACGAAGCAGCCCGGGCUCGGGCGCAUCCGAAUCCUGAGGUGGAUCGAGUAAUGAACGACCCUCGUCUGAACUCCACUUCUGCGUACUCUCAACCGACUGCGAAAGAGAGUUAUGGCAACAGUUCCUACCAGCCCACCAACGGAUACCAGCAAGCCUACCCACAGUACCCAGGUUCGCAACAGAGCGCUAAUGGCAAUUUGACCGCAGGCCAGCUCUAUUCUUACAAUUAUGGCCAGCCGUCGUCGAAUGCAGUCGAUACGUGGGAAGAUGAAGGCCAGCGCGAUGGUCCGUGGUACGGGAGUGUGCAACGAGGAUAG